UUUGUCCAACUAUGUAAAGCUAAGCUUUUUUCUAAGAUUUUAUCAACUUUUUUUCAUUUUUUAGAUUUUUCAGGCUUUAGAAUGUUUCGAUCUAUUCGACCAAUAACUUUAACUAUUUAUUCAACAUUAACUUCAAAUUGGACGUUGCAGCGGAUUGCUCAAAGCGAAAGAAACAGUUUCCGGCAAUUCUCUUUUACGAGCAAAGUUGAAGAUCGUUAUUACACAAAGAAGCAUGAAUGGAUUGAGCUGGAAAAACAUGUUAAAGGUGAAAUUGGAACUGUUGGUAUUACCGACUUUGCACAGCAAUCACUUGGUGAUGUGGUCUAUGUAGAAUUGCCUGAAGUAGGUACUAAAUUGGCCAAAGAUGACACCGCUGGGGCGAUUGAAAGUGUUAAGGCUGCCUCUGAUCUGUAUUCACCUGUGACUGGAGAAGUUGUCGAACUGAACGCAGAGGUUCAGGAUAAGCCGCAGCUGGUCAACAAAUCUUGUUUUGAGAAAGGUUGGCUUUAUAAAUUAAAAAUCGUUGAUCCAAGUGAACUUUCGCAAUUGAUGGACGAAAAGACUUAUGAAGAAUAUGAGGCAAGUGAGUCAAAUAGUUAG